GCUGGAGGAGCGGCGGCGGUGAGAGCCGGGCGCGGGAGCUGGGCCUAGGUCGGCGUCCUGGCAGCUGUGUCUGUGUGUGUGUCUUGGAGAAGCAGGACCCAGUGGGGACGAUGCCACCACCAUCAGACAUCGUCAAAGUGGCCAUUGAGUGGCCAGGUGCUAAUGCUCAGCUCCUCGAAAUCGACCAGAAACGGCCCCUGGCAUCCAUCAUCAAGGAAGUUUGUGAUGGGUGGUCACUGCCAAACCCAGAGUAUUACACCCUCCGCUACGCAGAUGGUCCCCAGCUCUACAUCACUGAACAGACUCGCAGUGACAUUAAGAAUGGGACAAUCCUCCAGCUGGCUAUCUCCCCGUCCCGGGCUGCACGCCAGCUGAUGGAGAGGACCCAGUCAUCCAACAUGGAGACCCGGCUGGAUGCCAUGAAGGAGCUGGCCAAGCUCUCUGCUGACGUGACCUUCGCCACUGAGUUCAUCAACAUGGAUGGCAUCGUUGUGCUGACGCGGCUCGUGGAAAGUGGAACCAAGCUCUUGUCCCACUACAGUGAGAUGCUGGCAUUCACCCUGACUGCCUUCUUAGAGCUCAUGGACCAUGGCAUUGUCUCCUGGGACAUGGUUUCAAUCACCUUCAUUAAGCAGAUUGCAGGGUACGUGAGCCAGCCCACGGUGGAUGUGUCAAUCCUUCAGAGGUCCCUGGCCAUCCUGGAAAGCAUGGUCUUGAAUAGCCAGAGUCUGUACCAGAAGAUUGCAGAGGAAAUCACCGUGGGACAGCUCAUCUCACACCUCCAGGUCUCCAACCAGGAGAUUCAGACCUACGCCAUUGCACUGAUUAACGCACUUUUUCUGAAGGCUCCUGAGGACAAGCGACAGGACAAGCACCUUAAUCCUCUAGACCUGCCUGUCACUGAUAUGGCCAAUGCGUUUGCACAGAAGCACCUUCGGUCCAUAAUCCUCAAUCAUGUGAUCCGAGGGAACCGCCCAAUCAAAACCGAGAUGGCCCAUCAGCUAUACGUCCUGCAAGUCCUGACCUUUAACCUUCUGGAAGAAAGGAUGAUGACCAAGAUGGACCCCAACGAUCAGGCUCAAAGAGACAUUAUAUUUGAACUGAGGAGGAUUGCAUUUGAUGCGGAGUCUGACCCUAGCAACGCCCCUGGGAGUGGGACUGAAAAACGCAAAGCCAUGUAUACCAAGGACUACAAAAUGCUGGGAUUUACUAACCACAUCAACCCAGCAAUGGACUUUACCCAGACUCCUCCUGGAAUGCUGGCCUUGGACAACAUGCUGUACUUGGCUAAAGUCCAUCAAGACACCUACAUCCGGAUCGUCUUGGAGAACAGCAGCCGUGAAGACAAACAUGAGUGCCCCUUUGGCCGCAGUGCCAUUGAACUCACCAAAAUGCUCUGUGAAAUCCUACAGGUCGGGGAACUGCCAAACGAAGGGCGCAACGACUACCACCCAAUGUUCUUCACCCACGACCGAGCGUUCGAAGAGCUCUUUGGAAUCUGCAUCCAACUGUUGAACAAGACCUGGAAGGAGAUGAGGGCCACAGCUGAGGACUUCAACAAGGUUAUGCAAGUCGUCCGAGAGCAGAUCACUCGAGCUUUGCCCUCUAAACCCAACUCUCUGGAUCAGUUCAAGAGCAAACUGCGUAGCCUGAGCUACUCUGAGAUUCUGCGACUGCGCCAGUCCGAGAGGAUGAGUCAGGAUGACUUCCAGUCCCCGCCAAUUGUGGAGCUGAGGGAGAAGAUCCAGCCCGAGAUCCUUGAACUGAUCAAGCAGCAGCGCCUGAACAGGCUCUGUGAGGGCAGCAGCUUCCGAAAGAUUGGAAAUCGCCGGAGACAAGAACGUUUCUGGUACUGCCGCUUGGCCCUGAACCACAAGGUCCUGCACUAUGGUGAUUUGGACGACAACCCACAAGGGGAGGUGACAUUCGAAUCCCUGCAGGAGAAAAUUCCUGUUGCAGACAUUAAGGCCAUUGUCACUGGGAAGGAUUGUCCCCACAUGAAGGAGAAAAGUGCUCUGAAACAAAACAAGGAGGUGUUGGAAUUGGCUUUCUCCAUCCUGUAUGACCCCGAUGAGACCUUAAACUUCAUUGCACCUAAUAAGUAUGAGUACUGCAUCUGGAUUGACGGCCUCAGUGCCCUUCUGGGGAAGGACAUGUCCAGCGAGCUGACCAAGAGUGACCUGGACACCCUGCUGAGCAUGGAGAUGAAGCUGCGGCUGCUGGACCUGGAGAACAUCCAGAUCCCUGAGGCCCCACCGCCCGUGCCCAAGGAGCCCAGCAGCUACGACUUCGUCUAUCACUAUGGCUGAGCCUGGAGCCAGAGGCCACGGUGCCCAGCAAGGGACGUGGGGCCCAGGAGGAACACUCACAGUCUGGUGCCUUGUCUUUUGCUUGUACAGAAUCUCUAGUGACCGUGGUGGCCAGUAAAUGCCAGUCACUCCUCAAACCCACCUCGGACCACCCAGAGCUUCCUCUUGGUCCCUGUCUACUCUGAGUCAUGAAGGCUGGGUGCUCUGCCCUCCCCAUCACCGCGGAGCCUGGGGUUGGGCCAUGAGGAGUGGACAGUAGAUGCCCCUGCCUUCCAGGCCAAGAAACUGCUUCUUGAGCCAGAGUUAACAACCACCACUCACCUUUUCUCCCUGAGCCUGCUCGCUGGUUGGCUGGAUCCCCGAGUGGGCAAGAGCUGGCCCAGGAAAGGCUGCCUGCAGUGGACAGACAUGCUGGGCGUAUUGAGAGCCUCAGAGAGGCUACCUUUGGGUGAGCCGUGCCUCUGUCUCAGAUCCAAGUGGAGGCCUCGACCUUUGCUUACUAGAUGCCUUGCCGUUGCUUUUGCCGUCUUCGUGAGGGCUCACCCUGGCCUUGUCCAGGGCCAACGUGCUGCUGCUGCUACUGAGGUCUGGCUCUGACAUCUCUGAUCUCCAGGGCCACCAGGUCCUCCUGACCACACAGUUGUAUGGGUGGAUGGACAUUUCUCCCUAUAUGCUCUCAGUCUCUUAUCCUGGUGAGUCAGAGACAUGUGGGCUAAAGCCACCCUCCUAGUCUCAAGGAACUCUGCAGGGAGAGCCCAGAUGAGGCCUGGGCCUAGACUGUGGUGAGGUCACUAGAUUCUACUCCCCUCCCCCCACACUUACAUCGUUUCCUUCCACGGGGAGAAACCUCCCACCUAACCCAAAUUGCAGCCCCUCUGAUUUGCUUUCCUUUGGCCUGCCAGACCUCAGGAGGUUUGCCUCCCUUUCCUCCUAGCCCAGCGCUGUGGUUUCUGCCAUUGGCCAUGAUUUCAGGGAGCCAGCUGAGGCCAGCGGAGGCCACAGCUGUGCCAAUGGGGCUUCCCUGGUGCUGCAGCACUUAUAAACCACACGCACAGCCUCUCUCCAUGGACACGUGUGAGCACAGUGGCAUUCAGUAUUGGUAGCUUGGCAUGGUGGUACUGCCCAAUGAAGAGUGUACUAUAUAUUUUCUUUACUAUAGGCCAUACUUAUACAGACAUGUAUAUAUAUUUAUAUAAGAUCUGCCUAUCCUAGGAUGGAAUGUUUGAGGAAAAAUAAAAUGUGAUCUGCCAAAAAAAAAAAAGGUAACCCUCCCAGUUGUGAGCCAGGAUUGUAACCUGAGAGUGGCCAGGAGAUUCCUGUCAGUAACCAUGUUUUCAAUAAAUACUCUUUCAUGUACAAA